CGUACAUCCUGGCGCCGUUGCGCCGGAAGGCGGAAAAGCUGAGUCGUUGGUUGGGUACGCCGCUGGUUUCACGGCGCGGGCUCUUCCGUGGCUGCUAUGGCGUUGGAGCGGCCGCGGGAGCCCGAAGGCGAGGAUAGCAUCAAGUUGUCAGCUGAUGUCAAACCAUUUGUACCUAAGUUUGCCCGGCUCAAUGUGGCAUGGUCAGAGUCCUCAGAAGCAUGUGUCUUCCCAGGCUGUGCAGCCACUUACUAUCCAUUUGUGCAGGAGUCACCGGUGACUGAACAAAAAGUAUAUCCUGAAGACAUGGCCUGUGGAGCCUCUGCCUUUCCAGCACAGUACGUACCUUCUGAGAUAGCACUGCAUCCGUUUGCGUAUUCUGCUUAUGGCCUUGAGUCUGCACAGAGUGUUUGCUCAGUGCCAACCCUGCAGUAUGAUUACAGCCAAGCACAGUGUCACCCAGGCUUUCGGACAGCAAAGUCCCGAAAUGAACACAUGUGCCCUCCUCCUCAGGAAGCAAAAGGUGUAUUUAAGAAAAAAUGCCGUGAUGAGAGGAGAGCAGGUGAAGCGCGAACGUCAGAUGGCAGACGAGCUGACGGCGCAGAGCCACCUGGCAUGGGAGCAGCCAGAGGCUCCCACCACCUGGCCAGUCAUGGUUAUCACAAACGAACAGACCGGAAGUCCAGAAUACUUGCAAAAAUCGCACCUACCUCCAAACCUGAAUUUGAAUUUAGCAGGUUGGACUUUCCUGAACUGCAGAGUCCAAAGAAUAGUAAUGUGCCAGAGACACAGAAGCAGUCGAGGUGGGGGCCUCUUGGCUCUGCUGCCAGUAACAUGUCUCUCCUAGGAGAAGUAAGCAAGCCGGUUGCAGAGAUGGCAGAGGGUGAAAUGAAGACCAAUCACACUGACAGGGCUGUGACCGAUAAUGCUGCUGCCAGUUCCCCUUCAUGUACAGGAGAGUUAUCUUGGACACCAAUGGGUUAUAUUGUUCGGCAGACAGUGUCUUCAGAUUCAGCCGCAGCAACUGAAAAUGCUACUUCCAUGCUAAACCUAAAGAAGACUGCUUCAUCAGCUGACGCUAAAAGUAUCAGGGUGGCACCCGAGGCUUUAUCUUCAGAUCCUUCCUACAACAGGGGGAAGCGUGUCCACCCUUCUCCAAAGGCCAAAGCAUCACAAGGAGGUGAACUUGAACAAAAUGAAAGCUCAAGGAAGAAUAAGAAAAAGAAAGAAAAGUCUAAAUCAAGUUACGAAAUGGUGACAGUUCAGGAGCCACCAAGGAUUGAAGAUGCCGAGGAAUUCCCCAACCUGUCUGUUGCGUCUGAAAGAAGACACAGAGUAGAAUCACCAAAACUUCAAAGUAAACAGCAGCUGCAGAAUGAAUUUAAAACUAGUGGAAAGAAAAGCCAGAUUCCAGUGCAGCUGGACCUGGGGGGCAUGUUGGCAGCCCUGGAGAAGCAGCAGCAUUCCACGCAUGCCAAGCCAUCCUCCAGACCCGUCGUGUUCUCAGUCGGAGCAGUGCCAGUCCUUUCGAAAGACGCCUCCUCGGGUGAGAGAGGUCGCCGCUCCAGUCAGGUGAAGACCCCACAUAACCCCCUGGACUCCAGUGCCCCGCUGAUGAAGAAGGGGAAGCAGAGGGAGAUCCCUAAGGCCAAGAAGCCUACAUCACUGAAGAAGAUAAUUUUGAAAGAACGGCAAGAGAGAAUGCAGCAGCGGCUCCAAGAAAGUGCUGUGAGUCUGACUGUGACCAACAGUGAUGCACAGGAUGUAGAGAGUGGUACCAGUGACCAAGCCCCCAGCCAGGUCAAUCCCACAGGCCCCUCUAAGACAGAAGAACCAGUGUCUUCUACACCUGUGGUCGAGGGUGAGUCAGAAGAGCCAGCUGGUACAGAGUUCCAGAGGGACCCAGAAGCCUGCCAGCCUGCCCCUGACAGUGCCACCUUCCCCAAGAUCCACAGCCGGAGGUUCCGGGACUACUGCAGCCAGAUGCUUAGUAAAGAAGUAGACGCUUGUGUCACUGUUCUGCUGAAGGAACUGGUGCGCUUCCAAGACCGGAUGUACCAGAAGGAUCCUGUCAAGGCCAAGACCAAACGCCGGCUGGUGCUGGGGCUGAGGGAAGUCCUGAAACACCUAAAGCUCAGGAAGCUGAAGUGCAUCAUCAUCUCUCCCAACUGUGAGAAGACACAAUCCAAAGGUGGGCUGGAUGACACACUGCACACCAUCAUUGAUUGCGCCUGUGAGCAGAACAUCCCCUUCGUGUUUGCACUCAACCGCAAGGCGCUGGGGCGUAGUCUAAACAAAGCAGUUCCUGUCAGCGUUGUGGGGAUCUUCAGCUAUGAUGGGGCUCAGGACCAGUUCCACAAGAUGGUUGAGCUGACCAUGGCGGCCCGUCAGGCAUACAAGACCAUGUUGGAGACGAUGCGGCAAGAGCUGGCAGGAGAGCCUGGGCCUCAGACUCCUCCCGAUCCCCCCAUGCAGGGACCUGUCCAAUCCACCGAAGAAGGAGGCACCCUAGCAUCUACUGGAAAAGAGCCACACUAUAUUGAGAUUUGGAGAAAGCACUUGGAAGCAUACAGUCAGCGUGCUCUGGAGCUGGAAGAUUCACUGGAAACGUCAACCUCUCAGAUGAUGAACUUGAAUUUAUGAGAAGAGUUCUUGCCUGUGUGUCUGUAUUGGGUAAGGAUGGGAGAGGCAGGAAAAAGACUUCUCAUUUCUUUACUGACCUGAUGUAGUUUGUGUGACUCUUGAGUUGGAAAUUCCCUGGCCUAAGGGCAAAGGGAACAGCUGGUGUAGCCCCGAGUCCAUCAGGUGGACACUCAGAUACACUGAGGGGGCCUUUCCUAAGAGCAGGUGGUUCAGCUUUGCUUCUCUCUGCAUAGUGGAAAAUGCUGGAGAGCGUGGUCCUGGGUACCAUGGCUGCCUAAGAAAAAUUAUUACAGUGCCAGUGUACCAAGUUUGGGGAUGGUGGAACAGGAGCUGUGCUCCAGGGAUGUGGAGGGCCCUUCCUUAGGGGAUGGAGCCCUGCCACUUUGUGCUGCCAAGGAUUUGCUAAGAUGAGCCUCAGAAAAAAUAUUAGUUUCUAACAGGACUUUUUAACAUAAAUUAAUGCUUUCAGUUUUUAUUUUCUGAAGAAGCAGUAUAUAUCAAAUUUGUAGAUUUCAGUUUGGUGUCUGCAAAUCUUUUUAAUGAGCAUACAAUGAAUGUGGUUUCUGUCUUAGAAGACAGAGCUUACUUGCAUAUUUUCCCUGCGAGUAAGAGGGCUUAUUUAUUUUGAAUAAAGAGUGAUUAUUUAAUGUCAUCUCAUACUCUGGGGAUCUUCGGUGAGUGGUGUCAGUCUUACUGGUUGUUACACUGGAGUUCUUACUGAGUUGUUCCUCUUUCACACUGCUGAGGCCUGACAGGCCCAGUCACUGUGCCCAGCUCCAGAAUCCAGGGAAUGCCGAAUCCUCAGACCUUUGCUUGCAUCCCAAGUCUGCCCCAUGUCAGGAAAU